CUUCCAGACGCCUCCAACGCCUUUGUCCAAGAGAGCAUCCCCAAGCAGCAACAGAGCAACUUUCACUCGCCCUCAUUGAAGAGGUCCACACGCACAAUGGUCGCUGAACGAGUCAACAAGACGGCUCUGCACCCUGGUGGUGUCGAGCCCAAGCACGAGCACACCGAAUUGGAAGAAGAACUGCACGACCGAGCGCACAUCGACUACGAUCGCGUGGCCAUUAUUGCCAACCCCUCGGUCGCCGCCCUCUACGAAGAUGCCUUGGUCUACGAGACCGGCUCCGCCAUCACAUCGACCGGUGCCCUGUCUGCAUACUCCGGAGCCAAGACCGGCCGUUCGCCCUCGGACAAGCGAAUCGUGAAGGAGGAAGGGUCAGAGAGCGAGGUCUGGUGGGGACCAGUCAACAAGCCCAUGACGCCAGAGGUCUGGAGAAUCAACCGCGAACGCGCCGUCGACUAUCUCAACACGCGAAACCGCAUCUACGUUAUCGACGGAUAUGCUGGCUGGGAUGAGCGCUACCGCAUCAAUGUGCGAGUCGUCUGUGCUCGUGCUUACCAUGCGCUCUUCAUGUACAACAUGCUUAUCCGCCCGUCACGCAAAGAGCUCGAGCACUUUCAUCCGGAUUAUGUUAUUUACAAUGCUGGGGCUUUCCCGGCUAAUCGAUAUACGACUUCGAUGACGUCGAAUACUUCGGUUUCUAUCAACUUUCAGGAGAAGGAGAUGGUUAUUCUUGGUACUGAGUAUGCUGGUGAGAUGAAAAAAGGAAUCUUCACCGUCCUCUUCUACGAGAUGCCAGUCAAGCACAACGUCCUGACUCUGCACUCUUCCGCAAACGAAGGCAAGGACGGCGAUGUGACUGUCUUUUUCGGCCUCUCGGGAACGGGAAAGACCACGCUAUCCGCAGAUCCCAAGCGUGCCUUGAUCGGUGAUGAUGAGCACUGCUGGAGUGAUCGAGGUGUCUUCAACAUCGAAGGUGGAUGCUACGCCAAGUGCAUUGGUCUGUCCGCCGAGAAGGAGCCCGACAUCUUCAACGCCAUCAAAUUCGGUUCGAUCCUCGAGAACGUCGUCUUUGACCCAGUAUCUCGUGUUGUAGACUACGACGACACCACUCUUACCGAGAACACCCGCUGCGCCUACCCAAUCGAGUACAUCGAGAACACCAAGAUCCCUUGCAUCUCCACCAACCACCCAUCAAACAUCAUCCUCCUCACUUGCGACGCUCGCGGUGUCCUCCCACCAAUCUCAAAACUCAACUCGGCCCAAACCAUGUACCAUUUCAUUUCCGGCUACACUUCCAAGAUGGCAGGCACCGAACAAGGCGUCACAGAACCACAAGCAACCUUCUCCUCCUGCUUCGCACAACCCUUCCUCGCCCUCCACCCAAUGCGCUACGCAAAGAUGUUGGCAGACAAGAUCGAACACCACAACGCCAACGCCUGGCUCCUCAACACCGGCUGGACUGGCGCGGGUGCCACCACCGGCGGCAAACGUUGCCCACUCAAAUACACCCGUGCCAUCCUCGACGCCAUCCACAGCGGCGAACUCGCAAAAGCCGAGUACGAAACAUAUGACGUUUUCAACCUUUCCGUACCAAAGCAAUGUUCCAAUGUCCCCGACGAACUCCUCAAUCCAAAGAAGGGUUGGACUGGAACUGCGGAUUUUGGAGACGAAGUUACCAAGCUUGCGGAACUUUUCCAAGAGAAUUUCAAGAAAUAUCAAGAUGAGGCUACGCCGGAGACGAUUCAGGCUGGGCCGGUUGUGCAAUAGACAGACAGAUCAUUGACGUUUUUGAGGUGUGGUACUUGAUGAAAGAGGUGAUUUUUUUUUUGAUAUACCAUGCAUGGCAUUGGACGUGCGCCGCAUGCACGAUUUUUUUUUUUUCUUGGAUGAAGGAUGAAUGAAUGGAAGCGAUCAGUGCUAAGUUAGGCAAGGCAUUAGAGAGAGAGAGAUGAUAAGAGAAUGAAAGAGAAAGACUUGGGGAAAAUAUUUUUUUUCGGUCGAUGGAGAGAGAUGAUGAAAUCAAGAAAUCACGGUUCAAGGGUUUUGUUGCGUCUUGUUGAAGUGAGUGAUAUUUCAUGAUUUUUCCGGGUCGAUUGCUAGCUAUUGUAUGACUUUCGAUGGUUUCAGAAGGUAUUAGUAAGUGCCCGGCUCGCUGUCCUCCCUAUUUAUAAUAGAAAGAUGUUAGUGGAAUUCAGAGCGAGAUGCGCAUCUGCUGGAUCUCAAGAGG